AUGCCAAAAUCCACCUCAUGUGAGGGCGCAGAGUUUCCUAACGAGUGCCGCACAGCCGAACAAGCUGCUCCAUUUGUCGCCAAAGCUCUCAUCCCUUUCAGUAACGAGGAGAAGGCUGCCUUGCUUGCCUUGAUGGGUUUCGAGAGCGUCGAUUUUAGAUACAAGCAUAACGUGUUUCCUGGUGUCGAGGGCCAGGGGACAGCGAAUAUGAUGAUGCCAAAAUUCGUCACCGAGUAUGCAUCCGAUCUCUUUGGGGAUGAUGAGAUAUCAGGGAAGAGUCUCAGCCAAAUUUUAGCCAUGGUCACGCUGGAUGACUAUAACUUUGGAUCCGCUGGGUGGUUCUUGGUGAAGCAUUGUGACCAUAGUGUCCGCGACGUACUUAAAACCGGCACUGACGCCGGCUGGAAUGCUUACAUGUCCUGUGUCGGCGUUAAUGGCUCUGAUCAAGGGCGUAUGGCAUACUGGAUCCGAGCAAAGCAGGCAUUCGGCUUCUAA